GGAUUCGUGAAUACCCGUGACGCUGGCCUCUGGGCCCCUGGCGGCCCGUCCAGCUCUGCUCCAGUGCGGAGACAGGCGAGAAGAGAAGAGACAGACGCAAAUCGCCCCGCCUUUUGGUGCAGGGAUCGCGGCGCUUUACAGCCACCGCCGCGUGGUCCCCACGCGUUGGCGGGCGUGAGCUGGGCAGCUGGCGUCGUCUUCCUCGCCCCGGCUUCUCGUGCCCUCGCCGCUGUGCGAGACCGGGUUCAAACCGGCGCAACCGAGAGGGGGUAGUCCCGUCAUUAUCACGCCGGGGAGGCUGCAGCCCUAGCUAAAAUCUGCUUCCCCACCCACGGCGGGCGGGACCCACGCAUGUGCCACCGGCCCUCUCCCCUUGCCCAUGUGCCCUGUACUACCUCUCUCUCUCUCUCUCUCUCCACUUAAAAUCUCACCUCCAAAACUAGUCCAGUCUCUCUCUCUUCUCCUCUCUUCUCUAACUCUGCCUCUCUGACGCAAUGCCGUUCCCCACCGCCUUCACCGCGCGGCGGCGGCGGCACGAGGGCGCCGCGGGUCGUUGGUGCGGGCUCGUGGUCCUGGUUCUGAUGGCGCUCGAGGCUGGCGCGGCGGCGGAGACGUCGCCGUCGGACGUGGCGGCGAUGCGGGCUGUGGCGAAGGCGCUUGGCGCGGACAAGACGCUGGGAUGGGACGUCGCCGGCGACCCCUGCUCGCCGAAGCGGUGGGACGGGGUGUCAUGCGACUCGUCGGGCCGCGUCACCGCGAUCCAGGUCGGUGCGCGCGGCCUCACGGGGACCCUGCCUCCGGAGGUGGGCGACCUCACCGAGCUCACCCGCCUCGAGGUUUUCGACAACAAGCUCUCCGGCCCGCUGCCCUUGCUCCCGGGGCUCUCCUCGCUUCAGGUUUUACUUGCCCAUAACAAUAGCUUCGCCUCCAUCCCCGCCGACUUCUUCAAAGGCCUCACCGGGCUCACCGCCGUCGCCAUCGACUACAACCCGUUCGCGUCGUGGACGCUCCCCGCCUCCCUCGCCGCCUGCGCCUCCCUCGCCAACUUCUCGGCCAUCAGUGCCAACGUCUCUGGCACGCUCCCGGACUUCUUGGGUGCGAUGCCGGCGCUCCAGCGGCUGUCGCUUUCCUUUAACCAGCUGUCAGGACCCGUACCGGCGUCGCUGGCCGGCGCGCCGCUGGUGCAGCUCUGGCUCAACGGCGCGCACCUCAAUGGGUCGAUUAGCUUUGUCAGCAACAUGACGUCUCUGGAGCAACUGUGGCUGCAUUCUAACGAAUUCACUGGGCCCUUGCCGGACUUCGCGGGGUUUGAUGAUCUAUGGGAUUUGCAACUUCGCGACAACAUGCUCACAGGGCCGGUGCCUGAGAGUCUUUUCAAGCUGAAGGCUCUGAAGAACGUGACCCUGACGAAUAAUUUGCUGCAGGGUCCGAUGCCUCAGAUUCCCAAUGGACUUCAUGCUGAUAUCGAAGCAGAUACAGAGCGGUUCUGUGUGCAGGAAGCCGGGAAGCCGUGCAAUCCCCUUGUGAGCCUGCUGCUUGAGGUUGCGGCUGGGUUCAUGUACCCAAAGGCACUUGCUGAGGAUUGGAGGGGGAAUGAUCCAUGUAUGUUUCCGGGUGUUACUUGCAUCCAAGGUAACAUUACUGGGCUGACUUUUGCCAACAAGGGUCUCAGUGGUAGUAUCUCACCGGCCAUUGGGAAGAUUAGCUCACUUAAGGUGCUAGAUCUUGCUAACAAUAACAUCACUGGUACUGUGCCUGAGGAGGUUGCCGUGUUGCCUUUGCUGACAAAAAUUGAUUUGUCAAACAACAAUCUCUAUGGGAAACUUCCUACCUUUGCUUCCAAGAAUGUGGCGGUGAAUACUGCUGGUAACCCUAACAUAGGCAAGGAUGCUCCUGCACCAACUGCAGGACCAGGUAGUAGCAACAACAGUCCAUCGGGAGGAAGCAGUAGCGGAAGCAGUGGUAACAAUGGGAAUGGGGGCUCCUCUUCAUCUUCUGUUGGAGUCAUUGCUGGCUCAGUGGCUGGUACAGUUGCUGGACUAGGCCUUGUUGCUGCAUUAGGAUUCUAUUGUUACAAGAGAAAACAGAAGCCUUUCGGAAGGGUGCAGAGUCCACAUGCCAUGGUUAUCCAUCCGAGGCACUCAGGUUCAGAUGACAUGGUUAAAAUCACAGUUGCAGGGGGAAAUGCUAAUGGUGGUGCUCGCGCAAGUGAGACAUAUAGCCAAGCGAGCAGUGGUCCACGGGACAUCCAUGUUGUUGAAAGUGGAAAUAUGGUCAUUUCAAUCCAAGUUCUCCGCAAUGUGACCAACAACUUCAGCGAGGACAACAUCCUUGGUCGAGGAGGGUUUGGCACUGUUUACAAGGGUGAACUUCAUGAUGGCACGAAAAUUGCUGUAAAGCGGAUGGAGGCUGGUGUGAUGGGUAACAAGGGGCUAAAUGAGUUUAAAUCAGAGAUUGCUGUUUUGACCAAGGUUCGUCACCGGAACCUUGUUUCGCUGCUGGGCUACUGCCUUGAUGGCAAUGAGAGGAUUCUUGUGUAUGAGUACAUGCCACAGGGGACACUGAGCCAACACCUGUUUGAGUGGUCAGAGAACAAUUUGCGACCAUUGGAAUGGAAAAAGCGGCUUAGUAUUGCACUUGAUGUUGCAAGGGGCGUUGAGUACCUUCACAGCCUUGCCCAGCAGACCUUUAUCCACAGAGACUUGAAGCCAUCAAACAUACUUCUUGGUGAUGACAUGAAGGCCAAGGUGGCAGACUUUGGAUUGGUCAGGCUUGCACCAGAUGAUGGGAAGUGCGUCUCCAUAGAGACAAGACUUGCUGGCACUUUUGGGUACCUUGCACCAGAGUAUGCAGUUACUGGACGAGUGACCACAAAAGCUGAUGUCUUCAGCUUUGGUGUCAUCUUGAUGGAACUGAUUACAGGGCGCAAGGCACUUGAUGAGACUCGGCCAGAGGAUAGCAUGCAUCUAGUUACAUGGUUCCGGAGAAUGCAGCUGAACAAGGAAACAUUCCGCAAAGCAAUCGACCCUGUUAUUGACCUUGAUGAGGAGACAUAUGCUAGCGUUAGUACUGUCUCAGAGCUUGCUGGUCACUGCUGCGCUAGGGAAGCACACCAGAGGCCUGACAUGGGCCAUGCUGUUAAUGUGCUCUCUACCCUUUCAGAAGUUUGGAAACCAACUGAUCCAGACUCGGACGACAGCUACGGUAUUGACCUGAACAUGACCCUCCCUCAGGCUCUGAAGAGAUGGCAGGCUUUUGAAGAUAGCAGCCACUUUGACGGCGCAACCUCUUCAUUCGUUGCAAGUUUGGAUAACACUCAGACGAGCAUCCCUACAAGGCCUCCUGGAUUCGCGGAGUCGUUCACCUCUGCUGACGGAAGAUAGACGGGUUAGCUGCUAGGGCGUGCCAAACCUUGUGUGCUUCCGUUGAAAUAGAAGGCUCACGCGAUCCUUGUGUUCAUUCUUUUAGUCUCUUCGCUCCUAAUCUUUCAUGUCCCCUUAUUCGGCUCUGUACUGCCGUGUAGCUGCUCUUUGAUCCUGUCCCAAAAAUUGCCUGGAAGUUGGAAAAAAUUUGCUAACCGGUUAUGUCAUUUGCUAAGAUUAAAGUAGAAGUAUGCUAGGGUUGUUGGGUUGUAUCGGAUGCUGACAAUUUCCAAAUGAAGGUGAUCCUGUAUUCGUCAAAAA